AUGCGUUUCAGCCUUGUAUACCUUGCUCUAGGGCUCGCAUCUGCUGCGUAUGCUGCUCCGUCCACUGCUCAUAGCCCCCGCCUCGUGACUGUCACUUUCCACGAUAGGUCCGCAGGGGCCAAGCUCUCAGCGACGACGUCGGAACUCGAGCUAGACCCAAAAGUGAAGAGCGGGUUGGACAGAGUGAUGAAGAAGUACGGUCCAGGAGGUCCCCACGAGUUCCAGUACACACACAAUUUCGAAAACGUUGACGACAAGGGGUUCAGUGUUGCCAUGACAGGGUUCAAGCCGUGUAAGAACGGCUAUUCCUGUGUUUUUAAUGUACUUUACGAUGAGGCGACGAAGCCGGUUCUAAUUAGCCUUAUACCGAGUGCCUAG